AUGAUGGUGUUCUUCGGUGCUCUUCGUUGCGUGUUGCUUCUCUGGAACCUCUACCCGGUCUGCUAUUCUGCCAUCGACAACGAGACGGUUGCACGAGCCAAAGCUGGUGAAUGGGUUGGUCUACCGGGUAGUAAAGAUGAAACUCUGUUCAAAGUGGCGAAGCAAUCCGAUGGUGGUGAUUCUUUCAAUAAAGCAGAAGAGUUCUGCAAGAAACAUGACUCCCAUCUGACGUCCAUUCUAUCCGAUGAGGAGGAGAAAUUUAUAGCAGGUUUUCAGAAUCAUUUCUGA